AUACAGUUUUGGGCUGGUUGUUGUGGUUGGUUUAAUUACGUUAGUCUUCACAGUAGUCAAUCAACGACUGUGUUUUUGUAAGCGGGAGUGAUGUGCAUUAAUUUUUACGUGUAUCAUGUUGCAGUUAAUAACAUCGUGUAGUUAAUUAUUUGAAACUGUUUAAUAUAGUAGAUGUUAUUUAUUUCUUGAUUGGAGUAAGAUAAGUGUGCAUGCCAAAUUAUUAUGGCGGCAUUUGCUAAAAGGGGCUCGAGGAUAUUGAGGCAGCAUGUACUGAACACAUACUGUGCAAAGGGAAAAUUAAAGUCUAUAGGAGCUCGACAGAUGUGUUUAAAUUACAAAUCUAGUUGGUGCCUCAAAGAGAAUAAGACAUCAUGGCAACAUAAGCGAGGGCUGUUCCAUUCAUCUGCUGUACAAGCCAACAAAAUAGUUCCAUACAAUUUAACUGAUAUUGGCGAAGGCAUCAAUGAAGUAUCUAUCAAAGAAUGGUUUAUUAAAGUUGGUGACAAAGUGUCGCAGUUUGACAACAUAUGUGAAGUGCAAAGCGACAAGGCCUCUGUAACAAUUACAAGUCGAUACGAUGGAAUCAUCAGGAAAGUUUAUUAUGAUAUAGAUGAUAUUGCCUCUGUCGGUAAACCUCUAGUGGAUGUUGAAGUGGAAGAUGUAUCAGGUGAGGAAGAAACAAGUUUAGAAAGCAGAGGGAAAUCAGCACGAGUCACAGAUGAAAAUGAAGAUCAUUUCUUGGCGGACAAGGCUCUUGCGACACCAGCUGUAAGGAGAAUAGCCCUCGAAAAUAACAUUAAGCUGAGUUCCAUAAAUGGAUCCGGAAAAGGUGGUAGGAUUCUGAAGGAAGAUGUUUUGGAGUACCUGCAGAACAUGUCUCCUGUUUCUGAUGCUGGAUCCGCGCUGUGUGACAAGAGACCUGCUUCUGGUAGAGCACAUGAUUAUACAGAACCUAUUCAAGGCUUUAAAAAGGCAAUGGCGAAGUCAAUGACGGAUUCUUGGAAGAUUCCUCAAUUUGUAUAUAGUGACGAAAUCUUCGCAAUGAAACUUACGGAAUUAUUGUCACAUAUGAAGGAGAUUGCAAGUUCAAGAGGCAUAAAACUGACGUAUAUGCCAUUUUUCAUCAAAGCUGCAUCCAAAGCUCUUGAAAAUUUUCCAGUUUUAAAUGUAAACGUGGAUGAAUCAUGUGAAAAUCUUACGUUCAGAAGAUCACACAACAUUGGAGUAGCGAUGGACACAUUGUAUGGGCUAGUAGUCCCAAACAUAAAGAAUGUUCAAGCACUUAGCCUUUUGGAGGUUGCUAUGGAAUUGAAUCGAUUACAAGAACUGGGGAAAAAGGGAGCUUUACGUCAAGGGGAUCUGACUGGUGGUACUUUCAGCUUGUCUAACAUUGGUGCAAUUGGUGGAACAUACACAAAACCAUUAAUUUUGCCAUCUCAAGUUGCAAUUGGUGCACUUGGAAAAAUUCAGGUUGUUCCUCGAUAUGACCAGUCCGGGAACUUGAUCAAAGCUGAAGUGAUAUGUGUAAGUUGGACAGCUGAUCAUAGAGUCAUUGAUGGUGCAACUCUGGCAAGAUUCUCAAAUACGUGGAAGAAGUACAUUGAGAAUCCUUUUCUGCUCUUGUUUGAUACCGCACUGUAGUUGAAUGGGGAGACGAUGACACGUGAUGAUUAUUGUUUGAUUUUGGGGAUCUUUGUCUUGUCAUAUGUGAAUUUAAUUGUACCAGGUCUACAAUUUAUGAGGCUGCGGUCGUGCUUGGAUUGCGUGGUCAGCCAGCGCUCUGUUAUUGUGGGCGGGAGUUGUGCGCGUUCUUCCGGUGGGUGACCGGGGAAUCAGUUUCAGUGCUGCUAGUAACAGCAAACUAUGAAUAUUUCUCGUCACUAAUGCAUGUUAUUACAUUAAUUGUUCUUACCUUAAAUCUCAAAAAGAUGUUCAAAGUGACUUCCUUGUGCUUGCAGGCAAGCUUCACAUCUCGUUAACAUGUUUCGACAUACUCGACAAAGCUCUUCUUGGGAAAUUGCCACGCAAUCCAAGCACGACCGUAGCCUCAUAAAUUGUAGACCCUGUACUUGGUGUAAGAAUUUGCUGAAAGGCAGAUAUAUUUUUCUCUCUCUUUUUAUGAAAUGUAGGCAGAUAGAGGAAUACCAAUAUACCAACUAAACAAUGAAAGAUAUAUUGAUUGAUUUCUUAUUAAUAUGCUCCUGGGCCACCGAGUCCAGUCUGUCACUGAGGAGAAGUGUGCUGGGGUUCUGUCAUGUAUAAACCACAUUUGUCUUCUUGUAUUCAAUGGUACGUCUUCGGGGAGACGUGGCAAAUGUCUUCUUAAGAAUCGCCGAUAUGACGGUCCUCUUAGACGCGAUGGAAGCAUGUGUGGACCAGUAAGCAUGUCGACAACAAUUCCUGCUCAAAUGUUAAAUGAAAAUCUGUGCUGGAAGUUGGAUUCACUUUGACUUACGUACUUUUGACUCACUCUAUAUUAAUUUCAAUUCAAAAGUUGUAAUUUGUCUUGACAACUUUUUUUUCCCAAAAUAGCUACUUCAUUUUCACAUGUAUUUUAAUAUAAAAUAUCUUAAUAAUUUAAAAACAAUUUUUUGAAAUGGUAAGGAAUACUUGCAAAUAAGAGAAUUUUCUUGCAAGAGUUAUUAUUUCUUAACCCUUUUUCUGUUAUCUUUGACUUUGCAAUAUUAUAGCAUGAUAAUCUUUGAUUCUGUGAUAACUGUGAAGUUUGAUAUGUUUCUGCCAUAGCCAUUGGCCAAAAUAAUAUCCCACCCUCCUGAACCUCUCAAAUACAGAAAAAAAAGGAUGACUGAUAGGUAAUGUGCUUAGCAAAUAUGAGUGUUGCUAAAAAGUUCAUACUAAUUUUUUCCAUAAAAUUCUGUUGAGCAGUUGCGAUCAAAUACAUACUUUUAUUUUCGCUUUUAAUGCCCUUCUGUGUAUACGCACAUUUAUCAUUGAUGAUGCAGGUUCAGAUCCUGUAGAAACUUUUGACCUUAACACAGAAGAAUAAAUUCUGAAAUCACUUAUUGUAAGACUUGACGUUCUCAGAGCAGUGAGUAUGAAGAUUUCCGU